AUGUUAUGUGAUGAUUACACAAGUCGGGGAAAAGCCAGUCAUCAUGUCUCGCUUACUUCAAUAUCCACACUAUCUAUCUAUCUAUCUAUCUAUCUAUCUCACUCUUUUCAUAAUCUAUCUAUCUAUCUGUCUAUCUAUCUAUCUCUUUUCAUAAUCUAUCUAUCUAUCUAUCUAUCUAUCUAUUAUAGCGGAACACUUUGCAUUAUUUCUUUCUUUCUUUCUGUCUUUCUUUCUUUCUUUCUUUCUUUCUUUCUUUCUUUCUUUCUUAUGGCUACUCUAUCUUUUUUAAUCCUUCCUAGACUGAAAUCUUCCUUUUCCCAAAAACCCUUUUCUUUCUUUCUUUCUUUCUUUCUUUCUUUCUUUCUUUCUUUCUUUCUUACAUUACUCGAGAUAAGCGAAAUAUUCUUAAUCUUGCAUCGGAAUGAUGAUGUAGUUAGAAAUCUACAGAGAUAUACGGACGCCUGUUACUUGAAUCACAAACGCAAUUUCACAUUUGAUAAGAAAUCUGUUAUCAAAAUUUUGCUAACAUUGGCAAUUUCGCGGGUUUCAUCCAAAUUCCUUCACUGUUCUUGGGGCCGUGUGCUAAAAUCUAUCUAUCUAUCUAUCUAUCUAUCUAUCUAUCUAUCUAUCUAUCUAUCUGUCUGUCUGUCUGUCUGUCUGUCUAUCUUUUUCUGUUCAUAUCUAUCUAUAUUUUUCUGUUCAUAUCUAUCUAUCUAUCUAUCUAUCUAUCUAUCUAUCUAUCUAUCUAUCUAUCUUUUUCUGUUCAUAUCUAUCUAUCUAUCUAUCUAUCUAUCUAUCUAUCUAUCUAUCUAUCUAUCUUUCUCUGUUCAUAUUUAUCUAUCUAUCUAUCUAUCUAUCUAUCUAUCUAUCUAUCUAUCUAUCUAUCUAUCUCUCAGUCUAUCUUUUUCUGUUCAUAUCUAUCUAUCUAUCUAUCUAUCUAUCUAUCUAUCUAUCUAUCUAUCUAUCUGUCCUCUCUGGAAUUUUAAAAAUGCUUCUUUCUUUCUUUCUUUCUUUCUUUCUUUCCUUUUAACUUGUUUAUUGAAUCCUUUUCUAUCUCGCAUUUUCUCGUUUAUAGCCAAUUUUCCUUUAUUCUUUCUUUAUUUCUUGAGAAAUUUUAAUUUCAAGUUUCUUUCUUUCUUGCGUCGUAUUUCUUACUUUUUCUUUCAGUUUAAUUCAGACCCUAUAUCUAUCUAUCUAUCUAUCUAUCUAUCUAUCUAUCUAUCUAUCUAUCUCAACAUUUCUAUCUUUCUUUCAUACUUUCUUACUUUUUGUUCGUUUUUAUUUACUUCUUUUGUUUGUUUCUUUCUUUGUAGCUUGAUUAUAUAUUUCCCGUUCUUUUCAUUUCUUUCAUGUCCACUUCUUUCUUUCUUUCUUUUUAUUUCUUGUUGUUUUGUUUUAUUUUAUAUCCACUUCAUUCUUUCUUUCUUUCUUUUAUUUUUUCUUCUUUUCAAUUUCUCAAUCAUUUCAUUUCUUUCACACCCACGUCUUUCUUUCUUUCUUUCUUUCUUUCUUUCUUUCUUUCUUUUCUUUCUUUUCUUUUUGUUUUUUUUUUUGUUUUAUAUCCAAUUCAUUCUUUCUUUUCUUCCUUUCUUUCUUCCUUCCUUCCUUCCUUUCUUUCUUUCUUUCUUUCUUUCUUUCAAUUUCUCAUUCAUUUCAUUUCUUUCACACCCACCUCUUUCUUUCUUUUUCUUUCUUUCUUUCUUUCUUUCUUUCUUUUUCUAUUUCCUAUUGUUUUGUUUUGUUUUAUAUCCACUUCAUUCUUUCUUUCUUCCUUUCUUUCUUCCUUCCUUCCUUCCUUUCUUUCUUUCUUUUCAAUUUCUCAUUCAUUUCAUUUCUUUCACACCCAACUCUUUCUUUCUUUCUUUCUUUCUUUCUUUCCUUCUUUCUUUCUUUCUAUUCCCUAUUCUUUUUAUUUAUUUCAUAUUCACUUCAUUCUCUUUCUUUCUUUCUAUUUUUGUUCGUUCUUUCUUUCUCAACCACUUUUUUCUUUCCAAUUCCAGCUUGUUGAUUCCUUUGUCUACACAACUUUUAUCUAUCUAUCUAUCUAUCUAUCUAUCUAUCUAUCUAUCUAUCUAUCUAUCUCAAAAGACUUUUCUAUCACCUUUUUAUUUCUUUCAUUCAACAUCUAUCUAUAAACUUUUCUUACUUUUUCUUUCUUUCUUUCUCUAUCUAUCUGUCUAUUUAUCUGACAUUCACCGUCUUUUCAUAUCUAUCUAUCUAUCUAUCUAUCUAUCUAUCUAUCUAUCUAUCUAUCUAUCUAUCUCCCAAUUUUUGAUAUCUGAACAGAUUAUCUAUCUAUCUAUCUAUCUAUCUAUCUAUCUAUCUAUCUAUCUAUCUAUCUAUCUCAAUACAUUUGUAUCUCGUGUCAUUAUAUUUAUAUGUAUAACCUUACCAAUUUCAUUAAACUUUUAUCUAUCUAUCUAUCUAUCUAUCUAUCUAUGUUUGCAUGCUUGUUUUUGUGCGUAG